AUGUCUGAGAGUUCCCCGCCUCCUAGUUUCCCCGCAAACCAGUUCGAGAAAUCGCUGUAUGACCUCAUACGGGGUCUGCGGAAUCACAAGGGCAAUGAAGUCGAGUAUAUACAGGACAGCAUCAGGGAAUGUCGGUUUGAGGUGAAGUCGCAGGAUAUGGAUAAAAAAGCAACGGCUCUGCUAAAAUUGAUAUACCUGGAGAUGUUUGGAUAUGAUAUGUCCUGGGCUGCAUUCAAUGUGCUCGAGGUUAUGUCUUCAGCGAAAUAUCCCCAGAAGCGCGUCGGCUAUCUGGGAGCGGUGCAGAGCUUCCGUCCGGACACAGAAGUCCUUAUGCUGGCUACCAAUUUAUUAAAAAAGGAUAUGGUUUCACCUGCGGUCCCAACGAUGUCAUUACCUCUUCUUACCCUGCCGCAUAUAAUUUCUCCUUCACUUGCUCUGUCGCUUCUGACAGACGUAUUAUCCCGUCUAUCUCACUCCCACCCUGCAGUCCGCAAGAAGGCCGUGGUAAACCUGUACAGAAUUUCUUUAGUCUAUCCAGAAGCAUUUCGAAUUGCCUGGCCAAAGAUCAAGGAGCGUUUAAUGGAUGAUCAGGAGGAUAGCAGCGUUACUGCUGCUGUCAUUAAUGUUGUCUGUGAAUUGGGCUGGAGAAGACCUCAAGAUUUCCUUCCUCUUGCACCUCGACUAUUUGACCUUUUGGUUAAUGGGGGGAAUAAUUGGAUGGCUAUUAAAAUUAUCAAGCUUUUUGCGACAUUGACACCCCUUGAGCCCCGACUGGUUCGGAAACUUCUCAGGCCCUUGGCUAAUAUCAUUCAAACAACGACAGCGAUGUCCUUACUCUACGAGUGUAUAAAUGGAGUUAUCCAGGGGGGCCUUCUUGAUGGCGCUGAAGGGGUGCGGGAAGGAGAGGAAAUUGCUAACCUAUGCGUGGAAAAGCUUCGUGGCAUGAUUGUCAUGGCAGGUGAUCCAAACUUGAAAUACGUCGCGCUUCUUGCAUUCAACAGGAUUGUCGCCUCACACCCAGCGCUGGUGGCUAUGCAGCAGGAUGUCAUCAUGGGUUGUUUAGAUGACAACGAUGUAUCCAUCCGUUUACAAGCGCUCGAGCUUGUAUGCGGGAUGGUUACCAGUGAUAAUCUACGCCCAGUGGUCAACAGGCUAAUCACUCAGCUGCAAACGUCCCCCACAUCAACGGAUGACGUUCAUAUUAGUUCUUCAUUGUCCGUUGGGGUAACUCCGUCGGCUGAUAUCGAUGGAGAUGACCCUGAGGAACAACUGCGGUCGAUCAAAAAGAGGAAUGAUUCCGUACUCGCCCUCCCCAGCCACUAUCGCAUCGAAGUUCUACAUCAAAUACUGGAUAUCUGCUCACGAGAUACGUACUCAUCAAUUCUAGACUUUGAGUGGUAUGUUGAGGUGCUUGUGCAGCUAGUUCGCCUCAUCCCACCGUCAACUAGCGCGUCGGAAAGCCAGUCCUCCCAAAAGGGUGACGUUGCCUCUCGAAUUGGGUACGAACUCCGCAAUGUUGCUGUGCGCGUAAAAAUCGUGCGACCUGAAGCCACUCGAGCGGCAGAAUCGUUAAUAUCGAUCGACAAUCGAGGGACACUGUUCCCCGCCGCGAGCACAGCUGGGACAGAUAUCCUCGAACCUACUGCUUGGAUAGUUGGGGAAUAUGCGGAAUAUUUAGAAUUCCCUGACCGUACACUCACCUCCCUGACUCACCCCUCGAACAUCUCAUUAUCUAGCACCGUUUUAUCGUCCUACCUUCAGGCAAUCCCUAAACUUUUCGUUUCUCUUUCGCCGAACUCCUCAUAUGGAUGGGAUUCUUCCAGACAAAGCGAGGCUUCACUUCUUCUGGCACGGAUCAUUGACUUUCUGGAGAAGUUAUCAUCUCAUCCAGACCUGGAUGUUCAAGAACGUGCCAUUGAAUUUCUCGAACUUCUCCGUCUCACGGCAGAAUCGGUUUCGUCACAGGAUCCAACUAGCACUGAUACGCCUCUACUACUCUCAUCAGCUAUACCAAGCCUAUUCACGGGCCUUGAACUAAACCCAGUCGCUGUAGGCGCUCAGAAGAAGGUACCGCAGCCUGAGAACCUUGAUCUGGACAAACCCCUGAACGACCGACUCCCUUACAUCCUACAAGAAUCAGAGGAAGGUUGGUUGGAUGUAUCCGACCAAGAUGAUUUCCGAGACUUCUACUACAUCCCUGACGCUGUCAGCGGUAAGCAGCAAUCCUACACCAAAGAAAUACCAAACACGCAGUCGGCAGUAUCCUACCAAAAUCUGUCAGACGAUUUCGCGGAAAGCGCAGAGGCCAAAGCUCGACGACGGGCCGAGCGGAGAGAUCGCAACAAAGACGACCCAUUCUAUAUAGGGCAGGAUGACGCAUCAUCAGGAACGUCAACUCCUUUCCACCAGGUUCUUCGAACAUCUAACGGCGAAGAACUAGACAUUGAUUCCAUUCCAAUCAUCGACCUGGCCAUUGAAACUAGUAAACAAACAACGUCAGCCACACUAUUGCCACCACCAGAAGGUGCAGAACGUAGACCCAAAAAACCCCGCUCAAAGCCUAAAAGGGUAGAAAUCAUGGGCGACGAAACGAUAAACGUCACCGGAUCCAACGACGGCGUCACAACAGAAAUCGCCACCGCAACUGCAACAGCAGAGACCCUCAAGAGCAAGAUCAAGCGCUCCAUCCUCGAAGUAGAUUCGAGCGGGCUGUCCAAUCUGUCCCUCGAAGAAGCUAGCGGUCCUGGGCCGGGGACACGGGGCCUGAGCGUACACGACAUAGCGCGCAGGGAGGCGGAGGAUGCGGAGAUGGCCAAGGCAAUGCGGGAGAUUGAGCGGUUGCGGCUGGAGAUGCAGCGGGCGUCAGAGCGGGUGCAGGUUGCGCAUGGUGUGCCGCCAGAGGGGACGCUUGUGAAGCGGAAACAAAAAAAGAAGGCAGAAACUGCGCCAGCGUUAGGUGCAGCGACAGUGUCGAAAGUGACGACGAAAACAAAAAAGAAGAAGACGAAGAAAACGAAGAAGACGACGAAGAUGGAGGGUGUGGGUGACAGAGAUGGUGACAGUGGAUCUCUGGUACAAGAUACUGCUGCUGUGACCCAAGGCAUAACUGGUGACACGGAAGUUGAGCGGAAGAAAAAGAAGAAGGCUUCAUCUUCAUCCUCCAAGACCUCUAAGAAAAAGAGGAACAAUGCUGGUGUUGAGGCUGAGGCUGAGGCUGGUGCUGGUAAUGCGAUGGUCGAGGCUUCAUGA